AUGACAAAAUUUCUAUCUUCAAAUUGCUUAUUUUUACUGCUAUUGAUAUUACUACUUGCUAAUCUGAUUAAUGCUAUUCCAAUCGAUAACGGUGUUGAGGGUGAUCCUGAAAUUGAAUGUGGCCCAAGAUCGGUUACUGUUAAUUUCAAUACAAAAAAAGCAUUUGAAGGGCAUGUUUAUGUAAAGGGCCUAUAUGAUCAACAAGACUGUCGAUCGGAUGAACGUGGUCGUCAGGUAGCAGGAAUUGAAAUUUCAUUCGAUACGUGUAACGUGGUACGGAGUAGAUCAUUGAAUCCACGUGGUAUCUUCGUUACAACCACUGUUGUCAUCUCAUUUCAUCCGUUCUUUGUCACUAAAAUUGAUCGUGCAUAUCAUAUACAAUGCUUUUAUAUGGAAGCUGAUACCACAGUGAGCACCAAAAUUGGAGUCUCUGGAAUGACUACCGUCUUUCAGACUCAAAUAGUUCCAAUGCCAGUUUGUCGAUAUGAGCUUUUGGAUGGUGGCCCAACUGGAGAACCGGUUCAAUAUGCAGUGGUUGGUCAGCCAAUAUAUCAUAAAUGGACAUGUGAUUCAGAAACAGUAAACAUCUUUUGCGCAUUAGUACAUUCAUGUUUUGUUGAUGAUGGUAACGGUGAUAAAGUGCAAAUUUUAAACGGUGAAGGAUGUGCUUUAGAUAAGUAUCUCCUGAAUAACUUAGAAUAUCCAACCGAUUUAAUAGCUGGACAAGAAGCUCACGUAUAUAAAUUUGCUGAUCGACCGCAACUUUUCUAUCAAUGUCAAAUAACAAUCACAGUCAAAGAGCCACAUGAAGAAUGCGUUCGACCGAAAUGUCCAGAACCAGAAGGAUUUGGUGCAAUUAAGGAAAGCAGUAGGAGUAAUCGUGAAAUAGAAACUUUAUCAGUGACACCUACAGUAUUACAAAUGAGAUUAUUGAAAAAGAGAGCUGCUGAUUAUGAUGAUGCAACAGUGGAUGUUAGGACUGAUAUCAAUACAUUGGAUAUCAUUGAUGAGAAUCCAAUAUUACCAGAAAAUUUACGACAUCGGAGACGGUUGCACUAUGAAAUCAAUAAUCGCAAUGCUGUAUGCAUGUCAUCUGCAGUAUUCUAUCUAUUUUUUGCAUUUACCACAUUAAUAAUAAUAGCUGCAUUUAUCACAUAUGCUUCCUAUUUGUAUAAACAAAAAUUAUGA